AGGAGCUGCGUUUCAGUUUCCUCAUUGUAAAGAAAAAUUCGAUAUCUCUAAAUCCCCCUCCCUCCCCCAAAUUCCAAGUUCUAGGGUUUUGUUUCAUCACUAUCCCCUCCUCCUCAAUCCCAAGUUUUGAAAAUGGCGGAUAAUACGCCUUCGAGCCCAGCUGGAGAUGGAGGAGAAAGCGGCGGCUCGGUUAGGGAGCAGGAUCGAUACCUUCCUAUAGCUAAUAUCAGCAGGAUCAUGAAGAAAGCCUUGCCUCCUAAUGGAAAGAUUGGCAAAGAUGCUAAGGACACUGUUCAGGAAUGCGUCUCUGAGUUCAUUAGCUUCAUCACUAGCGAGGCCAGUGAUAAGUGUCAGAAAGAGAAAAGGAAAACUGUGAAUGGUGAUGAUUUGUUGUGGGCAAUGGCAACAUUAGGAUUUGAGGAUUACCUGGAACCACUAAAGAUAUACCUUGCGAGGUACAGGGAGUUGGAGGGGGAUAAUAAAGGAUCAGGAAAGAGCGGAGAUGGAUCUAAUAGAGAUGCUGGUGGGGGUGUUCCUGGUGAAGAAAUGCCGAGCUGGUGAAAGAAGUUGCAAGAAAACUCUCUAGAGAUCAAGAACAAUACCAAAUGAUCAAGGGAAAUUAGAGAUCAGUGUGUUGUUUAUAUUUGAGCUUAGCUGAUCGACGACUAUUUCGGGGUUACUCCAAACUCAGUUGUGUUAGUUUGAACUUUUGGUUUUCUAUUUCUGGUUUAGUUGGUUGUAUUUAAAGAUUUCUCUGUUAGAUUUGAGAACAGUUUGAAAUUGAAUGAAAGGAAAAAUUUGAAGGUACAAUGUUCGCUCCUUUUUGUUUCU